CGCAGAAAAUCCUUUGAACUAUACGCAGCUCCACAAAGAUGAUUCCGGGCUCCAUCUUGGUGUUGUGUUUCACUGUCGUAGUUGUACAUUCGUACGAAUUGGCUCCGCUGAACGAUGCAAUCAAGGUUUGCUCAAAGGACAAGGGAGUGAGCGAUAAAGCUGCCGACAAGCUGAUUGAAAUCGUGGCCAAGUACGUAAACGAAUUCAAGGAAGGUGAUGAUCUCAAAGCUCUGCAAGAAAACGUGAAAAAAGAUUCGGAAGUUGCUCUCAAAGAAGAUGGACAAGAGGGGAAGUUUUCGGAUAUGGGAACGUGCAUCAGUGAAAAACUCGCCCCUAAAGCUCAACCAUAGAUCUUCAUUACUGUCUCCCUCUGCUCCAUCAAGGACGGUGGAGAAUCUUCCAUCUUCCUUCUCUCCCAUUAUCUUCCCCCAUCCCUCGACCAGCUGGGCUCGAUUUU